AUGUUCUUUAACUUUCAAGCCUUCAUCCUGGCUUGGUGUGCCCCGACCUUCGGUCAAGAUCAGCUUCUUUACCUGAGUUUCAUCGUGAUAGCCUACAACAGCAGCAUGCUCACGGCAGGCUUGCGUCCCGGAUUGGCAGCGCCCCUUGCAGCGCUCGGAGAGGAGUGUCCUGAAGGCCUUGGCCACGGGAAAGCAGACGUCUACACCAUAUGCGGGGCAGCGCACAGUGCCUUCCACGAUUUGGACACUUCCAAGGGGCAGGAGGUUGCGGAGGGCACUUUAGCCUUCACGGUGUUCCUGUGCCCCAUUGUUCGGCACAGUGUUGCGUUCGUGUACUUCUUCACGGCCUUGUCCACACUAUUCUACGCGACCUAUCAGCGACGUCGGCGGGUGGAGCUCGACACUGACGAGGCCACAAUGAAGGACUUUGCGCUCAUGCUCACUGGCUUUCCAGAAGAGGAGGGCGAGGAGGCGCCUCCCCCCCCCCCUCCCCCAGCCACGGAUGUGCAGAACUACGCAGCAGAGCCCACCUGGUCGCCACCUUGCGAGAUGGAGACGGACCGGGUCAACUUUGUGCGCAGGGCCACCGGGUGCCAACCCGUUGGGGUCUCCAUCUGCUGGAAGUACAACAGCUUGGAGGCAGCGGGACGCAGCAUGACGCAGCUGUGCAGCGUGCGAGAAAAGCUUGGUUUCCCCGCACAGGUGGAGGAACUCCUCGUCCGCGAGACGUGGCUGUGGAGCAAGGUGUGGCCAGUGUGCAUUCCCGAGAUGCUUGAGUUGCAUGUGUCGCAGGGUCGGGACAGCUGCGGCCCCAUGAAAUCCACCAGCACCCUGCUCCUUGGCUGCACGCACGGAGUCCGCUUGCUUGCCGGCCUGAGACGCUACUAG